AUGAAAAGUUUAUUCUCUACUAGUGAGGUGAAAUUUCUGGUUCAUAUAAUAUUCAAAGAAGGAAUCCGAGUAGAUCCUGAAAAAGUAAAAGCAAUAAAGGAAUUGACCAGACCACAAAAUGUGUCUGAGCUAAGAAGGUUGCUCAGUAUGGCAAAUCAUGUUGGCAAAUUCACUGAGAAUUUAGCAGAGACGACCAAACCACUCCGGGAUCUACUAAAAAGAGAAACCACUUGGAUAUGGGACCAGCCUCAAGAAACAGUGUUUCAGACAUUGAAGGAAAAACUGAGCUCUACACCAGUACUGAUGCAUUAUAGUGCUGACAAGCCAACAAAGGUCUCAGCAGAUGCUUCUUCAGAAGGAUGGAGGUAG